AAAGUGAAGCGAGGCGCAAAGCGGGGAGCCCGUCGGGGCUGGAGGCAGGGGCGAGGGGAGCCGCAUUCCUAUAGUAACCGGGAUGGCGCGGUGCAGCCCCGGCUGGUUGCUAAGAGGGUUAAACUGUAUCCAAACAGCUUUGGGGAAAUCCAGCCCCUUCUCCUGCCACAUGGAUCGACUCAUUGGGUGGGAGCGGCGGAGAGACAAGGGUCUCCAGCAAAUCAGCGCCUAAUUGAUUAAGGCGAGCUGGUUUGAAUAGAGCUGGCCAUGUGCCAAUCGCCUUUCAAAGAGCCCCUCUAUGAUUAAUCGCAAUGCAUUAUUGAUAAUCAUAAUUAUAGCAGGACACAUGCGCGCUGAUGUUUGAGCCAGCAUGUCGCGGAGGAAGCAGGCGAAGCCUCAGCAUUUCCAAUCCGACCCCGAUCUGGCCUUGUUAUCCCAGCGAAAUGGAGACACAGAAAAGGGUCAAGCAAAUCGAACCACUAAGAACAAGGACGCCCACGUCUGUGGCAGGUGCUGUGCUGAGUUCUUUGAAUUAUCAGAUCUCCUGCAACACAAGAAGAACUGUACUAAAAAUCAAUUAGUUUUAAUUGUGAAUGAAAAUCCAGCUUCUCCUUCUGAAACCUUCCCUCCUAGUUCUCCUCCUGAUAAUCCUGAUGAACAGAUGAAUGACACAGUUAAUAACACAGAUCAAGUAGACUGCAGUGACCUUUCAGAGCAUAACAAACUUGACAAGGAAGAAUCCAUGGAUGUGGAGGCUUCCAGCAUUAACAAUAGCAGUAGCAGUUCCAAGAGUGUCAACAAUAGUAUUACAAGCAGUAACAGCUCCACAAUGGGUACCUCAGCUGUAACAACCUCUCUACCUCACAUAGGGGAUCUGACAACAUUAGGCAACUUUUCAGUGAUAAAUAGUAAUGUAAUAAUUGAAAACCUUCAGAGUACUAAAGUGGCAGUAGCACAGUUCUCACAGGAAGCAAGAUGUAACGGUGCGUCGAAUAACAAGCUUGCUGUACCUGCACUGAUGGAGCAACUGUUGGCUUUACAGCAGCAGCAGAUCCACCAGUUGCAACUGAUUGAACAAAUUCGUCACCAAAUAUUAUUGUUGGCUUCCCAAAAUACAGACAUGCCAACAUCUUCUAGCCCAUCUCAAGGUACUUUACGAACAUCUGCCAACCCCUUGUCCACAUUAAGUUCCCAUUUAUCCCAGCAGCUGGCUGCAGCAGCUGGAUUAGCACAAAGCCUUGCUAGUCAAUCUGCCAGCAUCAGUGGUGUGAAACAGCUACCCCCUAUACAGCUACCUCAGAGCAACCCUGGCAACACUAUAAUUCCAUCCAGUAGCGGCUCUUCUCCAAAUAUUAACAUACUGGCAGCAGCAGUUACAACACCGUCCUCAGAAAAAGUGGCUUCAAGUAUUGGUGGCUCACAGCUCAGCAACCCACCAGUAUCAGCAUCAUCUUCACCAGCCUUUGCAAUAAGCAGUUUAUUAAGUCCUGCAUCUAAUCCACUUCUACCUCAGCCCACCCCUAAUAACUCUGUUUUCUCCAGUCCCUUGUCCAAUAUUGGAACACCUGCAGAGGAUUUAAACUCCUUGACUGCCUUGGCACAGCAAAGAAAAAGCAAGCCACCAAAUGUAACUGCUUUCGAAGCAAAAAGUAAUUCAGAUGAGGCAUUCUUUAAGCAUAAAUGCAGGUUCUGUGCUAAAGUGUUUGGGAGUGACAGUGCCUUGCAGAUUCAUUUACGUUCUCACACUGGCGAGAGGCCAUUUAAAUGCAACAUAUGUGGAAAUAGGUUUUCCACAAAGGGAAACUUAAAAGUCCACUUUCAGCGUCAUAAAGAAAAAUACCCUCAUAUUCAGAUGAAUCCGUACCCAGUGCCAGAGCAUUUGGACAAUAUUCCUACAAGCACGGGUAUUCCUUAUGGGAUGUCUAUACCGCCAGAGAAACCUGUCACGAGCUGGCUGGACAGCAAGCCAGUCCUCUCCACCCUGACGACUUCUGUGGGGCUGCCACUCCCACCAACGAUACCAAGCUUGACCCCAUUCAUCAAAACUGAGGAGCCUCAGCCGAUUCCCAUUAGCUAUCCUUCUGCUAGCCCUCCCUGCUCUGUCAAGAGCGACUCGGGAACAGCUGACCCCACAUCAAAAAUCUCCAAUGGACUUUCUGAUGAGGUAGAGGCUGGUGCUUUGCCUACCUCAAACGGCAAAAUGGAAGAAAACCCUCAAAACACAAGCUUCGUUGCUAACGUGAGCAGCUCUGUGAGCUCACCGGCAGCAGACUCGGGCUCCGGCAGCAUUGCCACUUUUACAAAUCCACUGAUGCCUUUAAUGUCAGAGCAGUUUAAGGCAAAGUUUCCAUUUGGAGGACUAUUGGAUUCAACGCCAGCAUCCGAAACGUCGAAAUUGCAGCAACUGGUAGAAAACAUAGAUAAAAAGGCAACUGAUCCAAAUGAGUGUAUCAUUUGCCACCGAGUUCUCAGUUGCCAGAGUGCACUGAAAAUGCAUUAUCGCACGCAUACUGGUGAGAGGCCGUUUAAAUGUAAAAUCUGUGGUCGUGCUUUCACUACUAAAGGCAACUUAAAGACUCAUUACAGCGUCCACCGUGCCAUGCCCCCACUGAGAGUACAACAUUCAUGCCCGAUCUGCCAGAAAAAAUUCACCAAUGCCGUAGUGCUACAGCAGCAUAUCCGAAUGCACAUGGGAGGGCAGAUCCCUAACACCCUGGUCACGGAAAACUAUCCUGAGUCAAUGGAAUCCGAUACGGGAUCUUUUGAUGAUAAGAAUUUCGAUGAUAUAGACAACUUCUCAGAUGAGAACAUGGAAGACUGUCCUGACAGCAGUGUGCCAGAUACACCUAAAUCUGCAGACGCAUCACAAGACAGCUUGUCUUCUUCCCCUCUGCCCCUGGAAAUGUCAAGUAUUGCUGCUUUGGAAAACCAGAUGAAGAUGAUCAAUGCAGGACUUGCUGAACAACUUCAGGCAAGCUUAAAGUCAGUUGAAAAUGGGUCAGUGGAAGGGGAUGUUUUGACUAAUGAUUCGUCGUCGGUCGGUGGUGAUAUGGAAAGCCAAAGUGCUGGAAGCCCUGCUGUCUCAGAGUCUACCUCUUCCAUGCAGGCCUUGUCCCCAUCCAACAGCACUAAUGAUUACCACAAGUCACCAAGUAUCGAAGAGAAACCAGUAAGAGCUUUACCAAGCGAGUUUGCCAAUGGUUUGUCUCCAACCCCUGCAAACAGUGGUGCUUUGGACUUGACAUCUAGUAACACUGAUAAAACGAUUAAAGAAGAGUCUCUGAGUAUGCUCUUUCCUUUCAGAGAUAGAGGUAAAUUUAAAAACACCGCAUGUGACAUUUGUGGCAAAACAUUUGCUUGUCAGAGUGCCUUGGACAUUCAUUACAGAAGUCAUACCAAAGAGAGACCAUUUAUUUGCACAGUUUGCAAUCGUGGCUUUUCCACAAAGGGUAAUUUGAAGCAACAUAUGUUGACACAUCAAAUGCGAGAUCUACCAUCACAACUUUUUGAGCCCAGCUCCAGUAUCGGCCCUAAUCAGAACUCUUCGGUUAUGCCUGCUAAUUCACUGUCAUCGCUCAUAAAGACUGAGGUUAACGGCUUCGUGCACGGCUCUCCUCAGGACAGCAAGGAGACACCCUCUGGUCUAGCUGCUGUGGGGCCGCUCUCCUCCUCUGCCACGUCCCCUGUCCUGCUGCCUGCUCUCCCCAGAAGAACCCCCAAACAGCACUACUGCAACACGUGUGGGAAAACGUUUUCUUCCUCCAGCGCUCUGCAGAUCCACGAAAGGACGCACACUGGUGAGAAACCUUUUGCCUGCACUAUAUGUGGAAGAGCAUUCACAACAAAAGGCAAUCUGAAGGUUCACAUGGGCACUCACAUGUGGAACAGUACUCCUGCAAGACGAGGCAGACGACUUUCUGUAGAUGGCCCCAUGACAUUUCUAGGAGGCAAUCCUGUAAAGUUCCCAGAAAUGUUUCAGAAAGAUUUGGCUGCACGGUCAGGGAAUGGAGACCCCUCCAGCUUCUGGAACCAGUACGCAGCAGCGCUCUCCAAUGGCUUGGCCAUGAAGACCAACGAGAUCUCCGUCAUCCAGAACGGCGGCAUCCCACCGCCACCGGGGGGCCUGGGCAACGGGGGCAGCUCGCCCAUCAGCGGCUUGACGGGAAGCCUGGAAAAGCUCCCAAAUUCAGAACCCAACGCACCUCUAGCUGGUCUGGAGAAAAUGGCAAGCAAUGAAAAUGGGACAAACUUCCGUUUUACACGUUUCGUGGAAGACAAUAAAGAAAUUGUAACAAAUUAGAAAAAACUAUAACAUUCCUGCAAAUAGUGCAACCUAGGGUUGCUUUUUUCAAACUGCAAGCUACAACAUUGCAAAGACUUUUUUUUUGUACCAUGUUCUACUUCUAGAGUUCUAAGAGAGCUUAUUUAUUAGUGAUAUAACCUUGCUUUGCAAACAAAUGCAAGCAUUAACUUUGGUCUCCUGUAUUUUGAACUAAAUACUAAUCGACUAGAGUGCUGUAAAGUUGCUGUAACAUUUAUAGCAGUUGCAAGUCUGUUCUGCUAGGUGAUCUUAUUCUGGCAUUAACUUAUUUUCUAUAUCCAGUUUAACAUGAACUCUGGUAUUGAUGCAAUGCCUCAGUGAUGCAUUAGAUCUCUAAUAAAAAUCUGUAUAUAAAUGUACACUUUGAUCCUGCUGGAAAUUUUAUCAGCACAUACAUUGUUUAAUUUUUCCAAACAGAAUUAAGAAAAGGACUGAAAGAAUAUAGACUGAACAGUGUGGGUCCUUUACACAGCUCAGUUUUUGAUUUUUAUUAUAAAAUUAAAACUGCUUUAAUUUUUGUAGGUUUAACAUUUUUCCGUUUUGAACUGUUAUUUGUAUUGUGCUUUUUACUUGAGUCGUCUUAAAUGUUAAUACAUUUCUGUACAGUAAUAAGCACGCAGAUUAUUAGAGAAGAUACUGAAGUGUUGUUUUGGUAGUUGAAACUGAGACGUAACAUUUUGCCUUGUAGGUAUAUUCAUUAUAGAAAAUGUGCUGGACUUUCACAAUGCUGCUAAGUAUAGCAUCUUGAACAACUUCCGUGGACAACUGUAGAUGCUCCUGUAUAUACAAUAAGACAUCACUUUCAUUAAAAUGUACAUAUGUUCCUU